AUGGCUUUCUCCAACUCAAUUACUUUCCUCUUCAUUACUUUCCUCUUCCUAAAAUACCCCAAUGUCAAUUCACAAUCACAGGUGUCAGGAUUAGAAACUUUUACUUUCACCAUAAAUCAAUUCAAGAGAGCAAAUCCCAACAUAGUUUUCGAGGGUGAUGCCUCAGUCUCUGGUGGCAUUCUAAAACUAACAAAAACCGAUCAAUUAGGUAAACCACUCUCAAAAAGCGUUGGACGUGCAAUCCAUCUCACACCGAUUCACAUAUGGGACAAAAUCAAUGGAGAAUUAGCAGAUUUCUCCACUACUUUUAUCUUUGCGGUGAACACGAACGGUUCACAACUUCAUGGAGAUGGGUUUACUUUCUUUUUGGGACCAAUUGAUUUUGACUUACCCAAAAAUUCAAGUGGAGGGUAUCUUGGUCUUUUCAACCCAGAAACCGCACUUAUCCCAUCCGAAAACCCAAUACUAGCUAUUGAAUUUGAUAGUUUUACAAAUGAGUGGGACCCAACUGCGCCGUUUCAAUCACCUCACAUUGGAAUUGAUGUUGGUUCUAUUGAUUCAGUUGCAACUACCGAUUGGCCUAUUGAUUUUGUACAAAGAAAUGCUAUAGGAGAAGCUAGUAUAAACUAUAACUCUGAAUCUAAAAGAUUAAGUGUAUUUGUGGCUUAUCCAGGGAGUGGGAGGAAUGUUACUGGGGUCUCCUCUAUUGUUGAUUUGAGGAGUGUUCUUCCUGAAUGGGUUAGGGUUGGUUUCACUGCUGCUACUGGAGAAUUGGUUGAAACACAUGAUAUCAUUAGUUGGUCUUUUGAAUCAGCUUUGUAAUCAACAAUUAAGAAUUUGGAUUCUAUGCAUUCAAGGAUUAUCAAAAUUUCAAAGUCGAAACUCCGUAGAUCGUUCGAUUGUGAUCAGACAAUUAAAAAAAAUACAUAUUUUAUUUUAUAAUUAAAAAUAUUGAAAUUUCUACCUCUUGGAGUUUGGGGAGUUUAAUUACUUUACUUUCAAUAAAAACAUGUUUCUUUGUUGAGGAAUGUCAAAAGAUAUAUAUGAUAUGAUGGUUUUCUUUCAUUAAUAAAUA